GAGAGUGAAAAUGCGGUAGUAUGCAAUCACGUAUGUACCAAAGCAAGAGUAUGGAUGGUUUGAUGAAUAAAGGAAAAAAUUUCAUUCAGAAUGUGUGGGCGUUCAGCGGGAUGAUGAACGUACCGAGAAGCAACGUGAUGUGGCGUCAGAGACGAAAAUUCAUUCUAUAAAUUGACUGAGUCGGCAAGCAUUGCACGUCACUCUAUCCGUGGCUUUACAGCUAUUCACAUCGAACGUUUGAAGUAGAAAAAUAAACGACAUCGACGGCCCCAAACAAAUAAACAACCGCCAACAAAACUUUGAAAUCGAUGAAAAUAACAAAAAGCAAAGCAAAGAUUUGAAAGCACCGCGAAUGAUUCUAAAAUUUGGUGAAGCAAAAUAAAAAUCGUUUACAGUAUUACUUUUAAUCGAUGACAAGAAACGAAGUCAAUGCAUUUUGAAAAUUUUGCAUUUCAAAAAUCAAAGUGGUAAAUGGUGUGCACAAGUGAAUUGGAGUAGUUGUUAUAAAUCUUCCGUGAACUCAUUAAGAAACCAUUCAAAUCGCGAUAAGAUUCAGUAUUAUUGAAACAAGAAAAGAAAAUCUAGCCAAAAAAGGUUUCCAAAAAUUGGAGGCAGCCUAAUCCGCAGAGAUAAAAAGCAACGUCCAACGGCUCUCGAGUGUGUUUCUAUAGCGAUAAAGUUCUAGCGGUGAAUUUUGAGCUUGUAAUUUAUGCACUGGUUCGGCUUGAAGCGGUGCAUUGAACACCUUUCCGGGUGACGUGUUGAAGUGAGAAGUUGAGAUAGCAACAGUUAUAAGAUAACAGUCGUUAGAGGGUUUAUCUUUUUUUGCUUUGUGCGUGCGUGCUUUGUGUGCCUGUGUACAUUUCUGCACAACAAUUCCGGACAGAACGCAGAUAUCACCAAUUUGCAUUUACCCGCAAAAAGCAAAUAACCGAGUACCGUUGAUAGAACCAAUCAACAGAAAAUAAAGGGAAAAAGGAAAGCAAAGGAAAAAAGAGUAAAAUAAACAAACAAAUAAAUAAAACGGACGAACAUAACCAAUAAACAAAGAAAUACUACAUUAAAAGUAAGAAAAUAAUAAAUAGCGCCCACGCACGAGAGCAACAUCAUAUAACGAUCAACCGAGCAUUUAUUUUUACUUCUUUAUUCCGCGAAGGACCUCGGACGCAACCAUACGACAAGUAAUCAUCAUGCUGACACAAACAUCACACAUAUUAAUUAUCGUUCUAUUAGCCAUCCUGUUACCAUCGGCACUUUCGUUUCCAUACUCAAUUUAUGGCUUAAACAACUAUCGACGCGCAUCACGCGCUAGCAAAAAUCAAGCGUCACUAUCUGCACCACGGCAACGAUACGAUCAACCAGGCUAUCGUUCGCCCUCAUCAUCAUCUUCAUCAUCCUAUGGUAAUUAUGAUUCGCUGUAUGAUACCGGCGCUGACAACUAUUACGUUGACGAUGAGCCCGAAAAUCGUCCUGAGCGAGAGUAUUUGUAUGGCAGACCAACAUAUCAUGGCGAAUACAAGCCCACUCGCUAUUAUUACGCCCGUGCACCUAGCUAUAAUAAUUAUUACAAUGACCAUCCGGAGCCAACGAAUCCAUUGGACGAUUUGCACGAGGAAAUGCUACAGGAGGAGCAAUUGAACCGUAAUUGGCCCGCCGGCAAAACUAAUUGGUUCCAAAAUACCGGCCAACCAAAAAGUCUCACCAGUAAUUUUAUGAAAAAUUUAAUGCUCUACAAUAAUGGCAUUAAUGUUGAUCAACCACAACCACAACCACAACCACAACCACAACCACAACCAAUGGACGUGGGCAACGCAUACGACGAUGAAGAGGUUGACAGUCCAUAUGGUGAUGUUUCUAAUCAAAAUGAACCAUAUGACUAUUUCGACCCAUUGAAAUUCCAGUCCACACAUCAAUUCAAUCGAUUCGAUUCAUCCCCAGUGAAUAAGCAGACUUAUUUCAAUCAAGAUAAUCGUAACGAAAAUAAUGACUUUUAUACGCCAAACAAAAAUCACAAACAAAAUGAUUACGAUGAUGAUGAGCAAGACUCACAUGAGGAUAAAGAGGAAAAAGAUCUCGAAUCGUUGCGAAAGAAUCAACAAAAUAAAAAUUCGUCGGAUCGAAAUGAGGGCGAAAAACCGCAAUCGGUCAACAGUGUGGGUAAGGGUAAGCAUGCUGAAGACACUUACAAUGGCGGCUAUGACACCGGUUUUGAUUACGAUGAUGAUGAAUGGAUUAAUUGGGAUCGAAAACGAAGCCUACCCAAGAAACAAAAUGAAAAUCUACGGCCAUUGAAAGUGCUCGAAUACCAAUUAACCAGGGCAUUGCAAGAGCAAGCUGACGCAUCACAAAUAUCAUCAACAACGGUCCCACCACCCACGACAAGCACAACUAGCAGCACCAGCAGUAGCAGCAACAGUAUUAAUAAAUCUCAUGAGCAUAAAGGUCAAAAGGAAGUUGUACUUUCCCGGCCAGCCACUCCAAUUCGACACCACUUUUCCGAUUCCGUUCUAGAGGCACUCACAAAAACCGCCAACGAAAUGAAACAAUCCAAUCAGGAUGACACCGUUAAAAAUGAUACCAAAGAGAAUGGCAAACAACAGCAACAGCAACAGCAACAGCAACAGCAACAGCAACAGCAUAACAAUAAUCAUUCGAUGGGCAACAAAAAGCACAAGCGUUUCGUAUCCAGUGAAACAUCACUUGUACAACAAUUGAACGGUUUAAAGCGUAAAAUCAAGGCAUAAAUGUGAAAUCAACCUACCAUACGUGAGAUUUCAUCGCAUCAUUUGUACACUUCCCUUCAGGAUACGUGAACAUGGAAUGCAAUUGUGGAUGAUCCAAUGUGAAGAGCAACAAUACACAAUGGAUACCCGCACAAAAUGUCUAUGUUUGGAGAAAGAAAAAAAAAACGGCUAAACAACUGUUACUUUUAGAAAAUCAAGAUUGAACAAAAUACAAAAUAUAUCAUAUACAAAAAAUGGAAGAGAAAGAAAAAAAAAAGAACAUUGAAAAAAAAUAAACAUGAAAAAUGUAUCGAAUAUUUUUAUAGAAAAA